UACUAGUCUCAAAACACUGGUUAUUUAUUUAUCUGCGAUUUGAGAAGCUUGAAAAAGCUUGCUAGUAAUUCCUAAUAAAAAGGGAGGACUGAUCGGAGAGAUGUCGGGGGCGCAAGGAGCUCAGCCGCCGGAGUGUAAGACGGCGACGACGUACGAGUCGGUGGAAGGAGGCCAGAACAAGGCCAAGCUUGACCUACGAUCCAACCAAGAUGAGGGCGGAAUCCAGGUCCAAAAACUUGAGGAGAAGGUCCCGGACGCCGCUGCCGAGGGUGGGCCGGUUUUUGGAGCCGGAAAAGAAGAUGACAAGCAAGAUUUAGGUGUCACUGGGACUGCUUGAGCAUUCCAUAUCCAUUCGAUAUGUAUGUUUAUGAUGUGGUGUUGUGUCUAGAAAUAGUUUCUUUUGAUGGUGGUGGUUGUGUAGAAAAUGCAAAAUAACAAAUGAAACUCCUUUUGUUUCAUUUUGUCUUAUUAUAUGUAUCAGUCGAGUGUAAGUCACGUACUACCUCAAAAACAGGAGUAAAACUUCAAUUUGGAGAUAUUAUUACGGUG